AGGAGAACGGAGGAGAGAGCGACCCAGAGUUAGACAGAGGGAGAGAGAGAGAGAGAGUGAAAGAGAGAGGGAGAGAGAAGGGGGGAGAGCGGGAGGCAAUAACACCUUGUCAUCUUCAGUCCGAGACCGUAAUAGUUGUGUUCCUGUCUGGUCGUUUUCCUUUUUCCUCUCUUCUCCUCUCGCGGAUUCAAAAUCCACCUCAAAUGGGAAGGGAGAUCGAUGCGUCGCGCGCGGCACUGUUGCCACGGAACCACAGGAUGCGCGUGAGGUCGCUGGAGAGAGUGAUGACGCGGCAGUGAGAGACACACAUACCUCAACCUGCUGGCACACACUCACAUAUACACGCAUAUUUGCCCACACACGCUUUAAGUCUUGCCCCUCGAAGACAAGGAAGAGGAGAGAGGGAAAAAAAUACUGCUAUGACGGUGUCAUUUCUCACUAUUACCAGUGUGUGAGCUGCACUCAAGCACACUUGCACUCCGUGGGGAGUUGCCUGCAUGGGGGAUAAGACCCUAUCUAGGGCACAAAGAUGGAGUUUGCAUCUUGUUUGUCCCACAUCUAACACACAAACAUAAUCACACACACGCUUGGAGUCUCAUGACUGAAAUAAGGAAUGAAGAGGAGACGCUGAACAUCGAAAAGACAAGACAAACACCAGGCCAAGGCAUCAGAAGAUGUUCAAAGGGUGUUAACAGAACAGAGGGUGCUGCCGUCUGACCUCUCCCUCCCUCUCUGGAGGUUCAUUUUAGCUGAGCUCUCUUUGGUUAAAAGCAUUACCAAGACAGCAGGGUGGACAGGUGACAGUGUUCUACGAAGUGCCCUGCAGUUGUCACCAUGAGCUGUAGGCUAGAGGGAACACCCCAGCUCUAGCCUCUAUUUAAUUUUGUGUGCGUGUGCGUGUGAGAGCGGGUGUGUGCAUGAGUGUAAUGGCGGUUUGCGUUUGGGCGGCAGCCCCCCUGCUCUUUCUGGGGCUGUGCCUGUGCAGCGUAGGGGGCCAGGCCCAAGGGGAGGUCCUGGAGUUUGGGGGCGUGUCCAGCCAGUGGGGGCGGUUUCCGGUGUGGAACGCCUGUUGUGAGAGCGUGCUGAGUUUCAGCCUGCGGACUCAGAGCCAGGAGGGCCUGCUGCUCUACCUGGAUGACGAGGGCUUCUGUGACUUCCUGGAGUUGCUGCUUCUCCACGGGCACCUGCGCCUACGCUUCUCCAUCUUUUGUGCUGAGCCAGCUGAGCUGCAGUCAGGCGUGGCGGUGAGUGAUGGGCGGUGGCAUGCGGUGCGUGUCAAGCGGGACUGGAAGAACACCUCGUUGGAGGUGGAUGGGCGACUGGAGGGAUGGGCAGAAGUGAAGAGUAAGAGAAGAGACAUGACAGUAUUCAGUCACACAUACAUGGGCGGGUUGUCAGCAGAUCUCCUCUCCUCGCCGCUACGCCUCACCUCACCCUCAGUGCGGGAGUACCCCGCCUUUCGUGGCUGGAUCACGGCAGUGAGCAUCAACGGCUCGCUGGUCGCGCUAAACAGCUCAGAGGGCGUCACGGUAACAACUGGCUGCGGGCCGGACCACCAGUGCCAGAAUGGAGGGGUGUGCAGCGUGGUCAACGACCAGGCCGUUUGCGACUGCUCCGACACCGGCUACCAAGGCAAUGACUGCAGCGAAGUGCACAGCUACACUCCAGGUCUGGCACACCUGAUGAUUGGCGACCAAGGAAAACACUUAGCUCGUGAGGAGUAUGUUGCCACCUUUAAGGGCUCUGAGUACUUCUGCUACGACUUGUCACCCAACCCCAUCCAAUCCAGCAGUGACGAAAUCACGCUGUCCUUCAAGACGCUGCAGCGCAACGGCCUGAUGCUGCACACGGGCAAGUCAGCCGACUACGUGAACCUGGCACUAAAGAAUGGUGCCGUGUCCCUUGUCAUUAAUCUCGGCUCUGGGGCCUUCGAAGCCCUGGUGGAGCCCGUCAACGGCAAGUUCAACGACAACGCCUGGCACGACGUGAAAGUCACCCGCAACCUGAGACAGCACUCAGGCAUUGGACACGCUAUGGUAAACAAACUCCAUUGUUCGGUGACGAUCUCUGUGGACGGGAUCCUGACCACGACGGGAUACACACAGGAGGACUAUACCAUGCUGGGCUCUGAUGACUUCUUCUACGUGGGAGGAAGUCCCAGCACAGCGGACCUUCCUGGUUCUCCCGUCAGCAACAACUUCAUGGGUUGUCUUAAAGAGGUGGUAUACAAGAACAACGAUGUACGGUUGGAGCUUUCAAGACUGGCCAAACAAGGCGACCCAAAGAUGAAGGUCAGUGGUGUGGUGUCCUUUAAGUGCGAGAGCGUGGCAACGCUGGAUCCAGUGACGUUUGACACCCCUGAGUCAUUCGUGGCUUUGAGCAAGUGGAUGGCGAAGAAGGCGGGAUCCAUUUCGUUUGACUUCAGGACCACAGAGCCCAACGGGCUGAUGCUUUUCAGCCAUGGCAAACCCAGACAACAGCAGCGCAAAGACCCCCGCACUCCUCCUACCAUCAAGGUGGAUUUUUUUGCCAUUGAAAUGCUGGAUGGUCACCUGUACCUGCUGCUGGACAUGGGAUCUGGGACCACAAAGACCAAGGCCAUCGACAGAAAGGUCAACGACGGGGAAUGGUAUCACGUUGACUUCCAGAGAGAUGGACGCUCAGGAACCAUCUCGGUGAACAGCGUGAGAACGGCGUACACGGCUCCGGGGGACAGUGAGAUCCUGGACCUGGAUGACACGCUGUACCUCGGAGGACUUCCUGAGGAUCGCGCCGGACUCAUUUUCCCCACAGAGGUGUGGACAGCCCUGCUGAACUACGGCUACGUAGGCUGCAUCAGAGACCUGUUUGUGGACGGGCAGAGUAAAGACAUCAGGAGGCUUGCUGAGGCCCAGCGGGCAGUCGGAGUGAAGCCUUCGUGCUCCAGAGAGCUGCCCAAGCAAUGCUUGUCCAACCCCUGCCAGCACAACGGCAACUGCAGGGAGGGCUGGAACCGCUACGUCUGCGACUGCUCCGGUACUGGAUACCUGGGGCGCUCCUGUGAGCGAGAUGCGACCAUCCUCUCAUACGACGGCAGUAAGUUUAUGAAGGUGCAGCUGCCUGUGGCGAUGCACACUGAGGCGGAGGACGUCUCGCUACGCUUUCGCUCGCAGCGGGCCUACGGCAUUCUCAUGGCAACCACAUCCCGGAACUCGGCAGACACCCUUCGUCUGGAGCUGGAUGGCGGCCGAGUCCGACUCACUGUAAACCUAGACUGUAUCAGGAUAAACUGUACAGCCAGUAAAGGCCCAGAGACAAUCUUUGCUGGGUCGGGCCUCAAUGAUAAUGAGUGGCACACGGUGAGGGUAGUCCGACGCGGCAAGAGCCUCAAACUCACCGUGGACGACCUGCAGACUGUCGAAGGUCAAAUGGCGGGUGACCACACCCAGCUCGAGUUCCACAACGUGGAGACGGGCAUCGUGACGGAGAAGCGCUUCAUGCCCAUCGUGCCCUCAAACUUCAUCGGCCACCUCCAGGGCCUGACGCUGAACGGCAUGCCCUACAUCGACCUGUGCAAGAACGGCGACAUUGACUACUGCGAGCUCAACGCCGUCAUCGGCUAUAAGAGCAUCGUGGCUGACCCCAUCACCUUCCGCUCCCGCUCCAGCUUCGUCACGCUGCCCACGCUGCAGGCCUACUACUCCAUGCACCUCUUCAUGCAGUUCAAGACAACGUCCCCAGACGGUCUUAUUCUCUUCAACAGGGGAGACGGCAAUGACUUCAUAGUCAUUGAGUUGGUUAAAGGCUACCUUCAUUACAUCUCUGACCUGGGAAACGGAGCGCACUUGAUCAAGGGCAACUCCAACAGUCCGCUUAAUGACAACCACUGGCACAAUGUGCACAUUUCCCGGGACACGAACAAUCUGCACACAGUCAAGAUUGACACCAAAGUUACCACUCAGACCACAAUGGGAGCCAAGAACCUUGACCUAAAAGGUGAUCUGUACAUUGGGGGUGUUACCAAAGAGAUGUACCGUGAGCUGCCGAAGUUGGUUCACUCCCGGGAGGGAUUUCAAGGUUGCCUGGCAACACUAGAUCUAAAUGGCCGCCUUCCGGACCUCCUUGCUGACGCCUUGACGACCGUGGGGCAAGUGGAGAGAGGUUGUGAAGGUCCCAGCACAACAUGUCAAGAAGACUCCUGUUCAAAUCAAGGAGUCUGUUUGCAGCAGUGGGAGGGCUUCACCUGUGACUGCAGCAUGACAUCAUACGCCGGGCCGCUCUGCAAUGAUGCUGGGACCACCUAUAUCUUUGGCCGGGACGGCGGCGUGGUGAUUUACACGUGGCCGCCUAAUGAGCGUCCCAGCACCAGGGCGGACCGGCUGGCUCUUGGCUUCAGCACCCAGCAGAAACACGCCGUUCUACUCCGAGUGGACAGUGCAUCUGGCCUUGGAGACUACCUUCAGCUGCAGAUAGACAAGGGCAACAUUAGGGUGGUGUUCAAUGUCGGCACAGACGACAUCAACAUUGAGGAGAGCUCCAAGUUCGUCAAUGACGGGAAGUACCACGUAGUCCGGUUCACCAGAAGCGGUGGCAACGCGACCCUGCAGCUGGACGACCUGCCGGUCAUAGAGCGGUACCCCUCAGGCAACAAUGAUAACGAGCGCCUGGCCAUCGCCAGACAGCGAAUCCCCUAUCGGCUCGGUCGAGUAGUUGACGAUUGGCUACUCGACAAAGGUCGCCAGCUGACCAUCUUCAACAGCCAGACGACAGUUCGUGUCGGCGGAGGCGAGCGAGGUUCUGCCAUGUUCCAGGGCCAGCUGUCCGGCCUUUAUUACAACGGCCUCCGCAUCCUCAACAUGGCUGCCGAGGGCCACCCGCACAUCAGAGUGGAGGGCAGCGCGCGGCUGGUCGGCGACAUGCCGUCCUCCUCCAUCACGCCGCAGUCCAGUGCCGCAGCCGGUGGCAACCGGUCAGACUCCGCCCCCUCGAUCAGUGAUAUCACAACCACCACGGCGACGAAUAAGAAGCAAGUUGUGACACAGACGGUAGACGACCUGCUGGUCGCGUCAGCUGAGUGUCCGAGCGAUGAUGAAGACAUUGACCCCUGUGACAGCUCAGCCCGCCCUCCGCCGCCAGAUGUAAAGGUGUUCCCUGGUCCGUCCGAGGUGGUGCGGGAGAGCAGCAGCACCACCGGCAUGGUGGUGGGCAUCGUGGCGGCCGCCGCCCUCUGUAUCCUCAUCCUCCUCUACGCCAUGUACAAGUACCGCAACCGCGACGAAGGCUCCUAUCACGUGGACGAGAGCCGCAACUACAUCAGCAACUCGGCCACGCAGCCCAACGGCAGCACCAAGGACAAACCGCUGGGCAUCGCUAAGAUCUCCAAGAACAAGAAGAACAAAGACAAGGAGUAUUACGUCUGAGGCGGACAUGCCUUUCCCCUCCCCCCAGAAACAGACAAAUAUGCGUACACCUUUAUAUAUAACAAUAUAUGUACAUAAAUAGAUAUAUUCUCCGAGAAAAAAAAGAAACAGUCAUACACAGGGACAUAGACCUGAUGAUUUUAAUGUUUACUCUCCAACAAUCACACCUGCACACAUUCUGUCAAGCACAAACACACCCAAACAAGUCCAUACACACACACAUUUAAGCACAUGCCUACACUCACAGACGGACCUGGGGGCCUGGGCCCUCACUUGUAAGUAUUUAGCAAUGAGCAGAGCCUCUGACGGGCUUGUUUUAUGAGCAUCAACACCAUUCCAAAUGAGUUAGAAAGCACCAGUUCAACCACCAUUUUGGCUCCAGCCUGGUCUGCUACAGUCUGUUCAGACUGCGAGGGGUGAAAACCAGACUUUAAGUGAAGCACACGGCGGGCCAAGCGAGAGGCAGUGCACCCGAACAAAGAUGAUGUAAAAGCACUAAGUGUCUCUUCCAAGCUUCUUGGCCUUCCUCCCUGUUAGCAGACAGGACUCGAUGAAGCACAGCGGACGGCGAGGAAACAAGCACACCAGUGGCUCAAAGUUUAGCCCCGCAGCUACCGGACAGGAACUCACAGGAACUCAAAGCGUAGCCAUAGAGACGGUGAAUUACUACAAGAAAAACAGGCACAGGCAGGGCUGGGUGGGCUGCUGUUGUUAUGCUGCAGAGCUGAUGUUUUUUACAGCCUCCUGUAUAAAUCACAACGAAGGAAACAGAGGAAACAAAGAGAUGUUUUCCUGCACAGGAUACUUGAGACUUUAGAUGCUACCUACAGACACCAGUGAGGCGUGGCCGCUGUGUCUCCCCUCGCGUACAUACGGCACAACAUAAACUGACUCUGAAGACAACAAGACGGUGAAUUGAUCACUAUGAUGAAGACGAAUAUCAAGGAACAUUUGGACAGUACAGACUUUGGGGAAGGGAGGUGUGGGGGGGAAUCUUAUUGCACGUGAAUUAUCUUACUCCGUGUGAUUUAUACUGCGUUGAAACUCAAGAUACACCGCCAUCGUAAACUCCACCACCUCGGCUUCAAGUGUUCCCAAACAUUCGCUUCAAAUAGUUUGGUUUUCAACAGUAAUUUAAGGCCCCGCCCACACUGACAGAUUUUAAUCACAAUUGAAAUGGUUCUGUAAUUUGUAACUUCUUUGUUUUAAAACAAUAUUUUUUAAUCUGUUUUCUAAAGUGGACAUAUUAGAAAUUAAACAAAGUGCGGUAGAAGCCUGUUCUGCACGAUGAUGAAAAUUAGAGGAUUAAAAUUAAUUUAAUGUUUUUUUUCCAAUGGCUGCCUCGCCCUCUGAUGACGUUUCCAACCAACUCUAAACAUCAGCUGAAUAACUGAAAGAUAGGUGUAUAUAAAGAAGUGUAUGGACAGAUUUUAAUGCUUUUGGCUUUAUUUCCCAGAAAUAAAGUCAGAAGAAACUUUUACACAAUUUGCUAAAUGUCUCCUUACAUCCAACGUUCUUGUUGUCAUUCCAUUCUACCCUUCCUUUCUUCCAUAACUCUUCCUACUUUGUUUUUGUUCUUUCUCUUCUUUGCAUUCUUCAUCUUUCCUUCCUUUUGUUGCAUUUGUUUCUUCUCCUUUCUCUCUUUAUUUCCUUCCUUUUCUCCCUCAUAUCUCAUAUUUCUUCUUCCUUCCUCUCCUGCAUCUGUUGUUCCUUCUCUUCCUACCUUUCUUUUUCCCCAUUUGUUCUUCUUUUCCUUCCUUCCUCUGUAACUUGUGACUUUUCUUGCUUCCUCUCCUUUAUUGUUUUUCUUGGUCAUGUCCUUCCUUCUUUCCUCUAAUUUGUCUUUUAUUUUCUUCCUUGGAUCCUACUUCAUUCCUUCCCUUCCAUCUGCCAUAAAUUCAUACUAAACUGUCAUUUCUUCAUAAAUUGUUGGAAUGUUUGUAGGGGUGGGUUUUAUCGUCUUAUCCAACAUGUUAAAAUGUUUAUCAUGAUAAGAAUUUUGAUUUAUCGUUGUGAGAAAUUCCAAUUAAGGCUGUAUUAAAAAAAACUGUCCAUAUUGUCAGGAUUGUUAGUACUAUUUUGCUCAAUCAGAAUAUCAAUAAAUAUUAAUAAAUAUGGAAAAUAUGAUUAAAUGCAGUUACUGUGAGCAGUUUAGUGAUAUCAAUUACAUCUUUUUGUGAUUGGUUUCCUAAAGCAACAUUUUACAAAUGGAAAUGUUGUUCAAGAGCACUAUUGCAAUAGUGCCACAAAACACUUUAAGUCCUAUCGCCCACUCUUAAUGAUUAGCCUAACUUUGCUUUAGCCAUGCUCAUAAUCUUCUUUCCUUUUACAUAAUUAAUGUGACACUCAACACCUGCUGAUGCAAGAACGGUAAUACACCAACCUUUUUAAUUUGAAUUUCUCAAACCCUACAGAGGUUUACUUGAUAUAAACUGUUAAGAAAAUUGUUUAUAAAAAAGAAAAAAUCUCCAGAGCAGUGCAGCCGGGGCCUGAAUCUUUGAAUUAAAUCUCAGUUUGAAUCUUUUAUUGACGAAGUGUGACCAUCUGGACUGUGCUGCAUGCCUGAGUCUCUGAGCUGUGUUGUGGAGUGGUGGUGUGUCCAAACCCUAUAGAGGUUUACUUGGUUUAAACUGGUGGAGGAGGUUGCCAUGCAACACCUGGAUGUAUAUCUGCGUGUAUGUGAGUUUGCGCGUGUGCGUGCGUGUGUGUGGGCCAUGCCCUAUUUUCUAUUUUGAUGUCGUAUUGGCCACGCCCACUACACCUGCUCCAAUCGACCACCUUUCAAAGGGAAAACCAGUCGAGGAAAAAACCGACCAAGAGAACAAAGUAGAUGUUUCCACAUGUUGCUAAUAGAUAGACAAGUCCAGUUCUUGAUGCCAUCAGCUAUGCGGCACCUUGAGUUUUCUCUCUUUCAAUUACCUCCAUGCUCCGUUCUGUUGGGUUUUCCUUACAAACCUUUGAAGUGUGUAAACCCUCUGCAGCUCCUGAUUUGACACUAGCAGUGCCAUGACUCAAGCAAAGCCCCUUCCAGUUCUUCCGAAAACGUGACCCAACCAGGCGGAUGCAUGUAAUACGGACCGGGGGCUUGGAAGAACAUGAAGCGUGUGAGAUUUCAGUGUAUCGUCAAAAUUAACAGAACAUGUUUGCAUAUUUUAUUCAUCCUAAACUGGCCUUUUUGCCCUCUUUUCCCUUAUUUUUGUCCCCCUUUCUCUCUCCUCCUUUAUCCACGUUUAUGGCUUUCUUUCCCCUCUAUCUCCAUGUUGUGUUGCCAUUCGAAACAAAGGGAGGCGUCUCCACCGAUGGGAUCCCACAUUUAGGUGUUCAUUAACCAUGUUUAUUUUCUAUAUGUACAAUUUUUCUACAGUAUUUACUUUUAUUUUUAUUGUUACGGUUCUUUGAUGAACAUAAAGUGGAAAUUUAUUAUAAAAAAUAGUUUUGAAGAUUAACGAGUAAAUAAAAUAUUACCCAAGUGAGCCUGGAGUGUGUC